CAGCACGCCACAGUCAGCAUCUGGCUGUACGAACAGCUCUCCAUCCGCAUUGAGGGCAAGAUCAGAGGAUUCGAUGAGUUCAUGAACCUAGUCAUCGAUGAGGCUGUGGAGGUUAAGCAGGUCACCAAAACCAACGAUAAGGAGACCAGGAGACCUCUUGGUCAAAUUAUGUUGAAGGGAGACAACGUCUCAUUAAUCCAAAACGUCUCGAAAUGA